CCGUGGAGGGAUGACACGGUGGGGCGCCUACCUGGCGCUUGGUAUGCUUCUGCUUUGGCAUCCCAAGUGGAGGCAGCCAAAGAUUUUUGCGCAAAGCACGAUCUCGAUAAAUUAGCUGAAAAGUUAAUCUCCGGCGCCGUUUGGUUGAUUCGUCUUGCUAACCGAGCCCAGGAAUUUGCACCGUGAAAGCAGCAUCUUUCCGUGUGUAUGUGUGUGUGUAUGAGAUAAACGAGAUGAUGGGACGACGUCCGGCGGUGAACGAAAAGUUUGCCCGUGCAAAUUGAGGUAUUGGACGAGUUUCAUCAUUUUGCGGGAUUGAAACUCGCGACGAAAUGCAAUCUGAUCGCGUCUGGCGGCGAACGUGACCAUUGUUCCGGAGGUGGGGAGCUGAUCGACAACAGCGUGUUGGCAAACUUUUUGGAGAUAAUGGAGAGAAACAAAUUUGGGCAUGCCGAUAAUUUGCGCCGCCGAAGGGUACCUUCGUAACGGUUUCCGAUAACUUUCCCGAUCGGUGCGCUGUGGUGGAAGAAACGGUGGAAGAAAACUAGUGCUUCAAACUAAUGAUCAACCUGAGAAGUGUAGGAAAGUGAGAGUGUUUUGGCAUAAAACAAAAAAAAAAAACAAAAGUAGAAACAAACGAAAAAAGCAUCUCAAAACCACACAAGCUCGGAAAAGAAAAGUCAUCAUCUCCCAACCCCAGCGGGGGCUAGCGGAAGCGAAGAAAUGUUGGGAAAGAAAGAGCACGAACGCCAUCGACAGUAGUCGCCGGAUCUCGACGGAUGUAUGUUGCCGCGGGUUUUGUUGCUAGAUGUCUAAACAAUCAUUCCAUUCCGGUGGCUGACCCGGGCACCGGUAGAAAAACCCUGGCCCCGAGUGCAGCAGUGCUCGUAAUAAUCAAGCGGUGAAGAAAGUGAGCCGGUAUCGACGUGACGAUGGCGGUUCGAAAGCCAAAUCGAAACGAUCGGCGUUAGCUUGUGGUGGUUUGAUGAAACCAUAGAGAUCGGACCCCCGUGUGCCCCCGUGGUGACUGGAGCCCGCGGUCGGCACUUUCAGACAGUCAGUCGUCAGCUGGGACCCGGGCAUUCCAGUGCCGGAACAAUCUCGCUGGCUUUGCCCUUCUCUCGGCGCGGUUUCGAAGUGCUAGCAACCGAGUGACGGAGAGAAAUAGGAGCAAAAAAUCAGGAAGAAAACGAACGUGUUGUGCUCGUGUGGAUAAUGACAGCAUCCCGGAGGAGAUAGGUGAACUGACAGGAACCGGCCUCGCGGCAUCUGCUACAAAACGCGCGCACCCACACACGCGAUCUCACGUGCUGUCCUCGCGGAUGAUCGCGGCCAGCAUAUGCUUGUGCUUUCAUCCCCGACCGGGUUCGGUAACGGUGAUUGCUUUAUUGAAAUUUUCUCACCUCUGGUGCUUGUUCAAUUAGUGCCGAAUUCCUCCGUGGCAGUGCAGUGAUGUGUUGACGCACUAGGUGUGCGGCAGUGAGGGAAGUUUUUCCUUUUGAUUCGCAAACGGAAAGCUUACGACUGAUCAUCGGAGUGAAAUUGAAUCGUCUCCACGUCCAUACCGGCGCGAAAUGGUUAACGAAGGUGAAUUUUAACGAAAGUAAAUUGUAUGAUAAAGUGUUUGUGCAUAUGGUGUGAGAGACAGUAAGAACGACGCGACGUCACCUGACUUGAACUGAUUUGGUCAAUGGCUUCGAACUGAGACGGCGUGUGGCUGUGGCAUUAAGGAGAGAUUCGUAGUGCUGAAGAAAAGUUCUGCACCACAAUGUCAAAGGACUCGCGCAUUCCUCGGCCGGACGUAGUCGGCAGUCGCAUUCCGGUGCCGGGCAGCUUUCGUGUCCCAGCGCUCGCUGCCUCUUCCAGACUGCCGGCAAAGCGGCCGGGACCUUUGCAACCUCCGGCGACACCGAUUGGCUUCCUGCGGCCUCCGUCUCAGGCCCGUUCGGGCGCCAUUUCCAUCGCGCGGUCGUACUCCGGCGAUAAGCUGUCGGCGCGAGGUGAACCGAGCCCGUUUCCAACGCUGACCGCUUCCACACCGGCUCCGGCACAGCUGCGGUUGGGCGCGGUGGGAGGAGGACCCCCGCCGAGGGUGGUUGGUGGUACACCGUUCCUGAAGAAGUUGGAUCUCGCUGGGUCCGGGACGACGGAGCGGCUGGAUGAUAUAAAGCUUUGCCGGCGGGCAUUUGCAAUACCCAGUGACGAUGACGAUGAGGAUGACGCGGUGGACACGAUGGACGAUGGUGCUGGUGGACCGGACGCGACGGUUCAGAUGCUGGUAGAUGAGUCUCUCGAGCUGGUUGGGGCGCACAGUACCGAUAACCUGCUGGAUCCUCCCCUACAACCGGCGGAGGUCCCGGCGACGACUGAGUCAAACAGCACGGUGGUCAUAGCGGGCGGCAGUGGUUCGACGUUUGUUCGAAACGAACCCACGGUGACGCUGCAGCGCGAUGGCAACGUAACGUACGAGUUUCGGCGCAGUGGCACCUUCGUGAAGUCGUCCCGCGAGUCCCUCAGCUCGCCGUCGGAUGAUCCGCUCGUGCAGCGUCCCCGACCGCCGGUGAUGGACCAGACGCAUGCACGCAGCGUGACAGCUGGUUCCGUGAACGGGCCGCUCGCGCUCGGUCUAACGAGAACAUUCCGUCGGGAGAGCACCGAAAGCCUCGAUUCGCCCGUGCUCUUUGACCUCACGAGAACGAUGUCGUUCCGCCGGCCAUCGACCGGGGAGAUGCUGCUGGAGGAGGAGGAAGAGAACGGGCAGCACCGGGUACGACGUCCUCCGGUGCUCAACUCCACCAUGGUCAACGAGCGACUGCUGAACGUCACGCAAAGCAUUCCCAACAUCACGCAGGAGCUGCUGUACGCGGACGGGGAGCAUGGGCCCGGGGAUAGUGUGCUCCUUCGGACGCACCUGGGAGAGGAUCGGCAGGCUGCCAAACACAAGGCUAACAGACUCACCUUCAACCUGGAGGAAUCGCUUAAUUUGAUGCAGUUCGGUGAGGUCGAGCGAACGGGCGCCUCGAAGCCAAACCGAACGCAGGUCCUAAGCUCAACGUUGCACUCGGAGUCGAUGGUGAUCCCCGCGGUGACCGAUGGUGGAACGCCCCUGGCCCGAAGUCAUCCGAACAGCACGAUGCUUUUGCUGGAUGUGAGUUGCGCCCAGGACCGAACGCUCGUGCCGUCGGAUGAACGCGGGGCCGACAGUGAGGAGGACGAGGUGGACGGUUAUGCCGCGGAGAGACGCCGGUUGAAUGCCGCCGCCCUUGGCCAGCGGGAGACGAGCGUCGAGGCGGACGUUAGCGCUGGGAAGGAGAUAUUCGAUCUCAGCCUGGACGAACCGGAACCGGUGAGCCACCGGGAGGAGGAGGAGGAGGACCGGGAUGAAGAAGCCGUCGUGAUGCGGCGGAAGUCGGAAUCGCGUCCCACGGCCAUCCCGUCCAAGCAGCGGUUCUCGUUCGGGCUCGAUCUGACCGAGUGCACGCUGGACUGCUCGAUCGAGCUGUGCGAUUCGUCGCUGUCGCUGACGAAACCGGCUCACAUGAAGUCGCCCACGGCCUCGCUUGGGCAUGUCGGUUCGCUUACCAAGCAGGGCUCGUUCGAGAUGGACGAAAGCCUCGGCAUCCUGACGCCGGAUCAGAUGAAGGAGUUCCUCGACUCGACCACCACCAACACGAACAAUACGAACAACGCGAAUGCGACGUCGGCCGGGUUAGAGCUGCAGCUGAACACGAGCCACGGUGGGGGGAGUAUCGGGGGUCACCAUCACAAGCACGGCGCGUUGCAGCACCACUGUCGGAUCGAUCAGACACCUUCGCCGGAGGAGCUGCCGCUCGAUCCGGUUGGCGUGAAGACGGACAUGUCCGACAUUAUGCUCCCGUCGGAGCUGCUACUGAUGUCCGGAGCAGGACCGCAAGGAUUUGGUAGCACGAGCGGGGCCAGCGGAAGUGGAGGGAACGUGGGAGCCACCGUUAGUGAGGUGUCCCAGGCCGACUCCGACCCCAAGACGGACCAGAUGAGCAAAUCGGCCACCUCGUCGAAGGUGUCGAACAGCUUUAUCACGAGCAUCACAAGCAUCACGAGUCUGGACACCGGGUACCAGGGCGACGGGGAAAUGUCCCGGCCGGCGAGCCGUGGCGCGGACCACUCACCUUCGAACGGGCCACGGCUGAAGUCGGCGAACGGUGGUGGAGGCGCCUGGCAGCCGUUGAUGGCGGCGGCCGUUGCUGCGGUCCCCCGCCGCCAGGAUCCCAUGACCGAUUCGGACUUUUUCACCGAAAGCGACGCGGACGACGUGUUCAAUCGGGGUGACGCCCGGCGGGCGCAGAUCAUCGAUGGCCAACUGUACGGUGGUGCUAACGGGGGGCAGCUGGGAGCCGCCGGUGGACAGGGUGCGAACGCGCUCUUCCACGCGAUCAACGAGCACGAGGCGGCCGGCCAUGAGGACGGUGGGCAGAACGAGGACUCGUGCAUGGAGUCGAGCGGGAUCUUCACCGACGUGGAAAAUCGUGCCGAUGACGAUCUCGUGCAGCGGCGUGCGGAUGACCAGCAGGAGGCGGCUGCGGCUGCGGCGGCUGCCAUCUUUGAAGAGGAGCAGCGCACAGACGACAUGAGUCCGGACACUUCGACCGAUACGAUCAGUAGCAGCAACAGCCAGAACUUUGCCCGACCGUGUCCCGCGCAGUCGGAGAACGAGUCGGCUAACGAGACGAUCCGGUUGAAUCCGUCGUGCAGCGGCGGUGCAUCGUUUAGCGGACAGAACAAUGCCGGCGUUAGUGGAGUUGGACACGAGGGAAGCAAGAGGUGCGCCAGUGUCGACCUCACCGACGACGACGACAAUGCUCAGGCACGUUCCGGCACGAUAGCGAGCGGAGGUUCCCCGCCGGCGGGAGAACCGAGCAGCGCGGGAUGUCAACGUGAUCACCACUACCAAGCCGGCGCUGCAACGUCGACGCCGAUUGCCGCCGGCGGUAGCGGCGACGCGGUUGGUGAUAUUGGUGUCGCAGGUUCCCCGGCAGCAGCAGCAGCAGCUGUUGACGGCGCGGGUUCUGGUAGUGGUAGCGUCGUCGUCGCACUGGCUACCGCUGGAAGCGAUGUUGCGCGUCGCGAUGUGGACGCCUGCUGCUCGGGCGCUAGUAGCGCACAGACACCCGGUAGUGGCGGUAGCGGUAAGAAAUCGACGUGCAUCGGAACCGGCUCCUCCACGUCCCGCAAGCAGCUUAAGAACGAAGCGAAUCGUGGGCUCCGGAAGCACCAGCAGCAUGCGGCCCUCGGGAAGCUGUCAUCGGUGUCGCGCGUAGAGCGUCUAACUAAGACGCGCCUUCUGAAGGACUCUCCGGAGAGUCCCGUGCCGCGUGGCUCGGGUGUUGACGGGCAGCAUGGGGGAAGUUUCGCGUACGGCGUUGGUGCUAGUGCUGUCCCCGGUGGUGAUUGUGAUCAGGAAAACAAGCGUCCUUGCACCGGUGUUGUGAUGGGCACGCGUAGUGCCAGCGGUGGAGUGGUGUGUCUUAGUGGUGGGCCACGUGGUAGUACGGUCACUCCCGUCGCUACCUCGACCGGAGGAAGUUCCAACCUGAGCUUUGCGAAGAAAUCGAACACCCCAAACAAGUGGGACGCGGUGAUGAACAAGAUCGCGGAGAAUAAGGCGGUGAUGAAGCGCAACUUUAGUGACGUCAAGUCCCGGAUAAGCUGUGGCGGGGCGAAAGUGGCGUCCUCGGUGUCGGUGUCGAGGCGCGACUCCCCGGCCACCUCGUCGCUGAAGAGCCCACCGUCCGAGAGCGCCAGUGUUGCCAGCCGCACUUCCGCGCCCGGCAAGCGGACGAUCUCCGGCUCGGUGAAACGCGGACGAACACACAGCAAAGACAGCUCGCUGAGCGAUCUCAGCCUUUCGGGAGGCUCACCGAAACUAACACUAAAAGUGUCCAGCACCCGACCAGCCAAAAAGCGAGAUGUGCGCACAAUUAAUUCUUCAUCCAGCGACCUGGGACCGCCCUCGAAGACGAAUGGCGCACAACCGGCACGAAGCAGCGCAGCACGGGCGGCCGCCGCUUUGCAGAAACGUAUAUCUCCCAACUUGACGAGUGUUCCAUCCACCCCGCUCGUUCCGGAACAGUUGAAGGCAUCGCCGCCGACGAAGCGGAAUUUACUGCUGAAGCGCAAUGGCACGGCAACCGGAGCGCUGCCCGUCAAGACACCACUCAAAGAUCAUAACCGUCUCGCUGGCGUGACGCAAAACUCUAAAUCCAGUGUGGUCGGAGCGCCCCCGUCGGCCACCAACGCGUCGCCGAAACCCUCGUCCAAGUCCUUGCUGCGCUCCUCCGCCGUCAGCUCGCCAACAUCGGCCACGGCGAACCACCAUCAUCCGUACUCCCAUCAGCAGCAGCAGCAUCAGCACGCCGGAAGCAAUGGCGUGGUCCCGUCGACGACGACGACGUCGGCGACCACUGUGAAGGCGAUCCAGCGCAAUGGAACCAUCAUCCUGGACAAGACCACCGGCUCGCCGCUGCUGAUUUGCGAUGCGUCCGGCGCUGGUGGGCGCGCCCCGGAAGAACCGGCGCCAAAGCAGGCGGAAUCGAACUGUGAUCAACAUCAUCUACCCCGGGAUCAUGCCAAGGGGCGCGCGGGUGGCGGAGAGAAAGCCAUGGCCGCUCCCGGGCCGGAACUGGUCGACAUCAGCUUGCUCAACCAUGCCCAGAAGGGCGUGGAGGCGCUUGGCGUUUUAGUACAAUACCUAGUUUUUAAUUUGGACGCCUUCUCCUGUCCCACAAUCAAGAUGGCACACCAGAAGACCACCAGCGAUCUGCUGGAAACCAAGUCCAUGCUCGACGAAGAGCGCACCAACAGUCAGACGCUGAAGCAGCAGCUUCUCGAGACGACCGAACGUGAAACAGAGCUACAGCAGCUGCACCGGUGUGAGCUGAGUAGAGUGGAAACCUGCUUGAGUGAACAGCAGCGCAAUGCUGACGAUCGGAUUGCAACGCUCGAGGCGCAGCUCAGCGAGAAGGAGUACGCCAGUCGCGACCUGCAGUCGCGCAUCGAUUGCUACGAAGCGAAGCUAGCCGAGCAGGCGAAACAGCUCGAACACUCCCGGGCCCGCGAGCUGGACCUGCUGCAGCGAAUCAACGCGCUCAGCUGCACCGAGAACGAGCUCCGGGACAAGGUGCACUCGAGCGAGCUGGCCUACAGCGAGCGGCUGCAGGCCGCUGCCAUGCGCGAACGUGACCUCACCGAGCAGAUCGGCGGCCUCAACCGGGACCUCGAUCGGAUGCGACGGGAAACGGAGCAGAAGGAGCGCGAGCUCGAGGAGAAACUCACGAUCACCAAGGACGAGUGCGUGGUGCUGCGGCAGAACCGUAGCAGCCUGCUGGAACCGCCGGCACCGUCGGCGCAGCAGAACGGAGGCGAACGGUGCGCCGCGAACACGUCCGGCAACCCGCUGCAGCUGAACCGAUCGUCCGGCAACAUCAACCAUCUGCAGUUGCUGCAGGACGAGGUGGACAGCUUGCGGUGCGUGCUGGAUCUGAAGCAGCGCGAAAUUUCCGAACUGCGCAAGCAAACGCAGGAGUACGAGCGGGACGCGAAGGAGCUGCCCGGUGCGCUGGUAAAGAUCUCCGCCCUGGAGUCACGGAUCGAGGAUCUGCAGGUGCAGCUGAAGACCAAAACCGAAGAGGAGAAAGAGCUACAGCAAAGGCUGAAACAGCUACAGGACAACCUGAGUCAGGAAAGCAAAAUCAAAAGCCGGCUCUCGCUGCACAACGAGGAGCUGCAGUGGCGCUUGAAGCAGAACUCGGAGAAGUUUACCAUCGCGUACGCGGAACUUUCGAAGAGCUACCACGAGAACUCGAGCUACAUGAUGACCGCGUCCAAGUCGAGCAUCGAGCCGCACACACCGGUGCACUCGCACCACCACCAUUCGCACCAGCUGAGCCAUAAUCAGUCGCGAUCGAGCUGCUCGGAACGGUUCUUCGACAUGGACGACAUCUCCCCACCGACCUCGCCCGUCAUCAAGGGCAUGGUGGAGAAGAGCGACUCGGUGUCGUGGGUGCUCGAGAUCGACGACGAACCGCCGGAGGUAUCCGCCUCGCGGAUGGUGCGGCGGGCGGGCUCGUUCCGUUCCAAUGCCACGUUCGACAAUGCCACGCCGAAGCGACCCAAGUGUGGCCUGAACCAGACGAUCAACGGCAUGACGACGGGUGGUGGUGGCGGCGGUAUCCAGCAGUCGACUUCGGCCGCAUCGAUUCUGAAGCAACACUCGAGUGACAUGUCGCCGAUUAAGCCACCGCAGCAGGGCUCCGGGAACCAUCGAUUGCGCUCCAAAUCGGUCAGCAUUAAGGCGGCGGAACCACCAAAGAAGAUUGUCCGAUCGAACUCGGGUGCGUCGGCGUCACCGUGCCCGGUGUCGGCAGUGGGUGGUCCGUCCGGAAUGACCAAACCGAUGCGUAUCGGCGAGAUGGCCGGUUCGUGGAAGGAACAGCCCCUGUACAGCAGUUCCCCGUAUGCUCACAAGCGAUUUUUGAGCGAAGACAUCGAACUGCUGACCGCCGGGAGCUCUUCGGCCAAACCGAUCAGCUUCGAUCAGCAGCAGCAGCACCAGCCCCAUCGGGCGAAGGAUCUUUUUCUAGAGGAGACGGAGUUUCUCAGCGAGCCGGAAAGUCCGUUCGCUCGGCGGCCGAAGCUGAACGGUGGUGAGGACAUUGCGAACCCACCCGUCGAAGUGUUCCAUCGUGAUAAAACGCCAAACUUCAAGAAGAGCAAGGAAAACCGGGGCCUGAUCACCUGCGACACGACCGCCCUUACCGGUGGUUCCUCUUCGACGAAGGUCGUCGGUGCUAAUGGCAGCGGGGGCAGCGGAGUCGGCGUCGGUGGACUGACGGCACGCGACAAACGGCGUGAGUUUACGCGCAAAGCGAACGCAAACCUCGCCGGAUCGCUGCUGAUGGAAGCGGCCGGUGAGGCGCUCGUGUCCGGUUCCAACUCGGACGACGAAGCGUCCUCAUCGUCGUCCGCCUCCUCCUCCGCGUCGUCCUGCAUCUCCGAGGGAAGUCUCUCGUCGGCGAGCAGAGCGAGCAGCAGCACCGCCAGCCAUGGCAACAGUCCGCUGCACGGUGGAGGAAAGCGAAGCAGCGACCGCAUGAACGAAGACGACACGAUCGAAGAUGCCGCCGGUGGUGGUGACUCGUCCCAGGGACAGCAACCGAACAACCACCAUCAUCAUCACCAUCACCAGCAUCGACGACGGCACUCGAACAUCUCACUCGAGGACGCACUGAUGAAGAAGAUCGUCGCCAGCCUCAACGGGGACAGCGUCGGCACGCCGAUGGAGGUCAGCUGGUCCGAGGAUGGCGAUCCGGGCUCGGAAUCGAUCGUAUGACAAGACGACGACAGUUUCUAAUCGCGGCCAGCCGGAGAACGGAUCAGUCGCAUUGUUUUUAAGGAUGGAAAGUGAUAGUGGCGACCCGGGGCUGGGGCCAAACCCUCGGCAUGACGCGAGAGAGAGUGUGUGACAGAGAGAGAGAGGUAAAGAGUCAAAGGGAUGACAUGAAGCUGACGAUGGAAUUCUAUAAGAAAAGCCCUUUCCCUACCGGAACCGAAGGGGAACCAUUCACACAGGACAUCCUCUCUCCUCACCGACUAUCCCACGCGGAAGCCGGGGGGCCACUACUUGCGCGCGGGUACUUCAUUGCGGGUAUAUGCACAUCGUAUCGAUCGAUUCCGCCAUGAGAGUUCGCGUUCGAGUUUCGAAUCUGAUUCUAGUGGCUUAUAGCCUCCCCUCCCCCCCCCCACGCUAGGUGCCCCCUCAUGUGCCCCAAUGUGUUGUCCCAUCCCAAAAAGGAAACGAAACAAACUGGUUAGAGAGUUAGGUUAGGUUAUUCCGGUAAUCCCGCCCUUAACUGACUUAGUUACUCGAGUUGCUUAUUAGUUGUUUAAUUUUAGCGUGUAAGUUUGUUUCUGUGUUUAAUGUUCGUUUACUCGUCUAAUAGAAUUAGAAGCGUCCCCCCUUCGGUAUAAAAAAAAAACACACACACACACAAUGCACAAACGUGCUAUCCAAAAACCUCCCACACGCUAAGUAAACAAACAAACUACCAUUUAAAAAAACUCCCCUUAAAACGUGAACAUAUUUAAUCGGAAAAUAAGAGAUGCAUUAAUUGGAAAGUUA